CAUUUAGCCGGGUUAUAGUAUCGACAUGGUGGUGCCGCAGUCGUGGGCUGUCUGGUGCGUCUCGGCAGUCGUCAUCAGCCUGGUCAGCAUCGCAGUGAGAUGGUGCUUCCAUCGAAGCCGCUACUUCCAACUGGGCGAGCGGGUACCCGGUCCUGCUGGGGUACCUCUUCUUGGCAACACUUUGCAAGUGGUCGCGCGCAGGGAAGACAUCUUGAGAUACUUGAAGGAGCUGCGCGACCGCUACUAUGCUGUGGUUAGACUUUGGAUUGGACCAAUAAUUUGUGUUUGCGUUACCGACCCCAAGGACAUAGCAGUAAUAUUUAGUAGUAGCAAAACAUUAAACAAGCCAAUGUUUUACAAUACCCUUAAAGUUGUUUUCGGCAAUUCGUUGCUUACUGCCGAAAGCGAAGAUUGGAAGAGAUACCGUAAAAUCUUAGACCCUACAUUCAGGACCCAGAUCGUCGACUCAUACGUCAGCACGUUCCACGAGAAGAGCCAGCGGUUGGCAGACCUGCUGAAGGAGCACAGCGCGGGAGAGCCAAUCAACAUGGCUGACCAUAUCAUGCCCUGCGCUCUGAAGAUGCUCUCUGAGACGAGUCUGGGCGUGCCGAUGGACAUCCAAGGUAAAAACCACAUUCACAGUACUGUUGAAAACAUUCCGAAACUUCUUGAAAUGGCUUCAUUUGUUUUUAUCACGCCUUGGCUGUGGUUUAAGUGGACUCUUAAGUGCUAUCUAAUUUAUUAUAAUAUGACUGCAUUAGUCACGCCCAUUCGUAGUUUUGUCACUCGUAUAGUCAAAGAUAAGACGGAUUUAUAUCUUCACUUAAAAAAUAAGGUCACCCUUGAUCUCAAAGACAUUGACACACCGAAGCAACUUGGGUUUCUAGAACAAAUAGUAUCAACUUUGGUAGAAAAUCCAGAACUAUUAAACGAAGAGGAACUAAAGGACAAGGCCAAGUUCGUUAUCGCAGCUGUCACAGACACUACGGCCUACACUGUAGCCACAACCUUGAUGCUGCUGGGAUUACAUCAAGAUGUGCAGAGAAAAGUCUUACAAGAGCAGGAAAUUAUCUUCGGCGAAGAUAUGAGCCAAUACGUCACGGCAAAAGAUUUGAAGGAGAUGGUGUAUCUGGAACAAGUGAUCAAUGAAACUAUGAGGCUAUAUCCCGUGAUACCACUUGUAGCGAGGAGGGCUGACGAAGAUGUUCGUGUUAACAGCUACACUUUUCCAACGGGCACUAUUUUUGUUCUCCCAAUUUAUCUGGUGCACAGGGAGUCAGAUUAUUUCCCGAACCCGGACGCAUUCGAUCCUGACAGGUUCAGCAGUGAGAAUAGUGCCAGCCGCCCUGCUUCUUCAUUUAUUCCGUUCACUUACGGGCGCAAGACGUGCAUUGGCAAGCGAUAUGCUUACCUAGCAAUGAAGACCAUGUUGUCAGUGCUGCUGAGAAGAUACGAAGUUCUGGAAUGUGGCUCCAGAAAAUACAUGGAGUGUUUUGAAUAUAAUUUUUUCUUGAAAUUUAAAACUGGCCAUAAAGUUAAGCUGGGACCGAGGAUGAAGUGAAUAGCGCAUACAGUUGUUUUAUGUGUAAUCAUUGUAGCUCUCGGUAUGCGGCCUUUGGUAGGAGUAAUUUCGUGAUUGGCACUGAACUCUAACGAACGGAAAUGUGUAACCACAGUGCUGCGUCAGCGAGGAAGUCUGCGGACCCACAUGGUUAAUCCUUAUAUGCUGUACAUUUAUAUAUAUAUAUAUAUAUAUUUGAUUUAAGUAAUAAACAAGUGCAAAUUAAUAACAGAGUCUAAAAGAAAAAAAGAAAAUGGACUCGCGACAAGAAUAUAGUAAAGAAAGGAUAUGUUUAACUGCUCGUUACUUAUUAAAUAUGGGUGAUAAACUCAUACAGCAUCGUUGGAAAAAAUACUCUUUAAAACGCAAUAAUUAUAAAUAACUGACUGCUGUACCCAGCGUUGUCUUUGCUGAACCCCGGGUAAUAUAUUGUCCGCGAGUUAAAGCAAAAUAUAUAACGCUAUAUGACAGUGUAGUGAACUGAAUGAUCAUUGAAAUAACUAUAUUUUUAAACAAUUUUCUAUGUAAUUGAAGUAAUAAAAAAUAAUUUAAACUAUUACACAGGAUGAUAGCGCUAUACGACAGUGUAGUGGAUACAAAUAAAUGACACAUAAUUACUGUUUGUGUGUCUAUGACUUAUGAUUUUCUGUUUACUCAUGGCGAUCAAUUGAAAGUUUUAAAAGGUGAUGCCCUGCAGCGCCAUCUAGUGAAGAGGUAUAACAAAAUGGAUACCGCGUAAAUAACCACCAUGUUCAAAUUUUUAUGUAUAGUAAUUUUAAUGGCGAUCGGUUGAACAGCUUAGAAGUUAAUUUGCUGCUGUGCCAUCUAGAGGCUAGUUGCAAAAUAUGGAUAGCGUAAAAAAAUUAACCAAGAAAAAAAACUUCUAUUAUACAACUUUUAUGGCGAUCGGUAAAACGUUGUCGGAGUUUAUCGACGUCAUACAUAUCAUCAUCCAAUUUUUUAUAUAGAUAAUUAUUUAUAUAUGUUUAUUUCUCUUAGAUUUUGGGAAAGUAAGUGAUCUGUGUGUGCGAGAAUUGCAAAUAAUUUAUUAUUUAUUAUUAUUGCGUGUUCCAGUGUUUGAGCUAUUGUGUUUGAACCAACGAUGAUGUUUUGUGUAUAUUACCCAAAUUAACGAGGUAAGCGGUAUUUAAACAUAUCCUAUUGUUUUUAUAUUCUUGUCACGAGUGAUUUUUUUUUCUUUUAGACUCUGACAUUAAUUUGCAUGUGUUUAAUACUUAAUUCUAAAUUACUUUCUAAAGGUUAACAUGAAAACAUUUAUGGCUUUCUCUAUUGUCACUUUUUUUAAAGAUCUCUUUUUUUCCCAAUCUGAAUGUGGACUAACUGCAUUGCAACUGUUCCGAAACUACCUGAAGCGAGAAAAAUUGAAGGAAAUAAAUAAAAACUAUAUUAACUUAUCCUGGGUCGUCUUGGUUUUGAAUCGGUUUACGUUUGGUUUGGUUAGGUUACCAUUAUUAUUUUGUUGUUAAAAAGAAUCAUACUUAGAUACUAAAAGAAGGAUUUUUUUCCAAGUUUUUCCUUAUAAGUUUUUUUUUGUAUAUUUAUCAAGCUCUAAAUUAUUUUUAAGAAAUUUACAGUAAAUAUUAUCCGAAAUUCGUUUUAUAAAUUUAUUUACAGCAUGAGAACACCUGAGUUUGAACGUUACUCUAGUUACCGAGGUGUGUUGAUUACACAUAACUGGUGAAUACUGAAACACUAGCUCACAAUAUUUUUCUUUAUUCAAAUUUGUUUACUAUAGGUACAUAUUAAAAUACAAAAAUUAAAAUAAUUUUUAGAAAAUAGAACUUAUUACUUUUUUAUUUUAAGUAAGCAAUAUAUUAAAAAGUGCAUAAUUUUCUGUAUGUGUCAUAAGUUAGUGCAAAGCUAUAUGUAUCUCCUAUAUUAAAGUGGUUUUUGGAUAAAUUUUUAACUAUGCAAUAUUAUCUCUCAAAUGCUACUUAAGGGCUGCAUUAACACAAUUGAUUUUGGUUGUAAAGUAGUUGAAAUUAAUUUACACGAAAUGAUAAAUAAAAUUAUGACUAUUUAAAACACAAAUAAAUGUUGUAUUAAUAACAUACCUUGUUAUCUUAGUGCUUGUGUGCGUAAGUAAGUUUAAAGGCGUUUAGGUGUGGUUUACGAAAGUGUGCGCCUGCAUUAUCUAUUAAAACUUAAAACAAAUAAAGGAGUUUUUCAUUGUCUUGUUUCAAGAUUUAUAUAAUUUGUAAAAACAAUAUUA